GGGCCUAAUGGGAUCAGGGACCGCAAUCCCCGCAACGGUUCUCCUCCGCGACCUCCAGGAACCCCAGUCAGGAAAAGUGCAGGUUCACCUCCGCGCCGCCACGUCAGUCACGCGGACGCCGCCCCGCCCAGUCGGAGCUCGCGCUGGUUCCGCGCAUGCGGAACCCCGGGUCAGCGACGGCAGCCGGGAGGCGGAAGCGGAGGUGGUUGUGGCUCAGAGGUUUGUGCGAACUGCUACUGCUGCUGAGGCGGCGUUAGCGGCGCAUCCGGCCUCGGGCCGUCCGGCCUCUCGGCUCGCGACUCAGCCUCUCCUGAGCCCGCCGGGGCCCGGGCCGGCCAGCACCUGCCCUAUGAGUGUGUCACUGGUUGUCAUCCGAUUGGAGCUCGCAGAACACUCGCCCGUCCCCGCCGACUUCGGCUUCAGUGCCGCUGCGGGGGAAAUGUCUGAUGAGGAGAUCAAACAGAAGACACUAGCUUCAGCUGUAGCCUCUUUAGAAGGGAAGUCACCAGGGGAGAAAGCAGCAAUCAUACAUCAGCAUCUUGGCCAUCGAGAAAUGACAGAUAUGAUCAUUGAGACCAUGAAGUGCAAGCCAGAGCUGAAAGCUACGAUGGAAGACAAGAAGUCUUCAAAAGCAUCCUCUACUGCACAGAGAAGUAAAGAGCAAAAUAAUGAGUGCAUAAACACUCCUGAUUCUCCAUCAAAACAGCUUCCUGACCAGAUUUCAUUCUUUAGUGGAAAUCCAUCAGUUGAAAUAGUUCAUGGUAUUAUGCAUCUAUACAAGACAAAUAAGAUGACCUCCUUAAAAGAAGAUGUGAGGCGCAGUGCCAUGCUGUGUAUUCUCACAGUCCCUGCUACAAUGACCAGUCAUGACCUUAUGAAGUUUGUCGCACCAUUUAAUGAAGUAAUUGAACAAAUGAAAAUCAUCAGAGACUCAACUCCAAAUCAAUAUAUGGUGCUGAUAAAGUUUAGUGCACAGGUAAAAGUUAAGAUACUAAAAAUCUCUGCCACAGAAACUGUUUUUGAAACUGUAUAAUCCUAGCAGUGUGUGAUUUACAACAUUUUGCAUUUAAGAUUCUUGGUAUACAUAUCUUCUAGGGUACUGUUGUGAUUCUAGAAACAUUUCUGUCUAUAUUAGCAGACACACUGUUCUAAUUCAUACUCAAUUUUCUAUAAAUC